AAAUUGUUCAGACUCUAAAUUGUGAUGACAUAAUGUAUGGAUGGUAUAUAUCCAAUCUCUGUUGUCAUUUUUUGCAGAAUGAAAACCUUAGUCAGUCUGCUUACCAUACUUGCUGUUGCAACUCAAGGUUUUAUAGUGCAGGGUCCCUCUGCUCCCCUGCAUGCUGCUGUGGGAGGUUCUAUUGUGCUGCCAUGUUCUGUAGAGCCCCCUUUACCUCUGGAGGGGUUGGAGGUCCAGUGGAGUCAUGGAUACUAUGGUGCAAUGGUCAACCUGUUCCAACAAGGAGAAGAAAGACCUGAAUCACAGAGCGUUUAUUUCAGGGGCAAAGUACACUUUUUUACUGAGGAGUUUGCCCAUGGAAACUACUCUCUUCUGCUCACCAAAUUAAAUCCAUCACAUAACGGCUCGUACAGAUGCCAGGUGUUUUCUCAUGACCGGAAAAAUGAAACAAACAUGGCAAUACUAGAAUUAGGUGAGGUGUCCUUACAAACAGUUUUCGCUAUGAUGUUUGGGGGAUUGGGUGCUGUUGUUGCAUUACUGACAAGUACUCCAUUUCAACAUUAUCUUUAUGGAAAAGGAGCCAAACAGACAACUACAUUAAUUACAAAAACAAUAUAUGAUACAAUUACUUCAAUAAGUCAAUGA